AUGGACGAAGCUCGGCGCGCGCGGAGGAGGACUGAACGGGUCUUCCCUGUCCUCUGCGACGGCGCUUCUUCGUCUGCUGUUCCUUCUUCUUUCCCUCGUCUCUGUUUUGCUAUCCCGGCUUCGCGUGCUCGCUCAUCGGCGCCCUCGUUCUCGCUUCUUUCCGCGGGUUUUCUCGGCUUCCUCGCGUCUUUCUGCUGCCUCCACUCAGCGCCCUUGGCCCUCGACUCCGCACCGCCGCGCGCGCCUUUGCCGGCGUUUUCCGAGACCCGCGUUUUUCUCUUUGCGGCCGCGAGUCGACCCGCGGCGGACGGCAGCUCUCGCCGCCGCGCCGCGUCCUCCUCGCGCCGGGGCGCCGCAGCCGCGCAGUGCGAGGCGAGCGCUGCGUCCUUUCCUGCUGCCAGGGGCGCGAAAGGCGAGUGCCCUGCGGCUUGUGCGCCUCCGCCAACUGCGUGCGAAAUCCGCGAGCUCGCUCCGGCGGAGGCGGACGCGGGCCAGCCGCUGAUCAGCGAGCUGCCCUUCGGCGCGGACGACCUGUUUUCCUCGCUCUUCGCAGGUUUUCAGGACGACAGCAGAGGAAGAAAGCGUGCCGCGGCGGGCGCCGCUGGGCGCGACCGCGAGCGACGAGGCGUCUCGGGAAGACAGCCUCGGCCGCGGCAGUCCGUCGGCGAUGGCGAAGCGGAGCGCGGAGGAGAGAGCGAGGAGGCGGCGGCGGGGGCACAGGCCGCAGACCUGCAGGAGAGGUUCUUCGACCCGUACGAAGUCCUGGGGGUCUCAUCCGACAGCAGCGCGGAGUGCAUUCGCAUCGCCUAUCGACGGAAAGCCAAGGUGUGCCACCCCGACCGCGCCCAGGCCGCCGCCUGGGGCAAGCAGGCGAAGACGAGCUUCGCAGGGGCGCGCUCCGCUGGCGGGGGAGAGGAAGCCGCUGGAGCCUCUGGAGAGACGCAGAAGUCAGGUCGCGCCACCGACGCGCAGCAGCCGAACGCACGGAAUGGGUCCCCUCGCCAGCCUGCGCCGGCUCCCACCGCGUCGUCCGAUGCGAGGGCGCAGAGAGGAGACGGAAACGGCGGCGGCGGAGCGUCUCGGCCAACUGCGCUGUCGCAUGCAGAGAAGUUCAUGCUCGUCCGCUCGGCGUUUGAACUGCUGAGUGACAAGGAGAAGAGAAGACAUUUCGACCGUCACGGCAGGUCCCCCGACGAUCCACGCUUCGUCAGCCGCGCGACGCUGCCUUCGGACGCAGGGCGAGGCCGGUCGCGCCCCUUAGGGCGCGGUCGUGGAGUCUCGGGCGCCACGGGGGGACGCCGGUCGAAGCCGACGGAGCGAGAGUGGCUGUCGACGUUCUUGGACGUGGCGUUCUCUUUCCUCGACGACGACGAAGGGCCGUUGGCUGAGGAGGGCCUGCGGAAGGGCUCCAGAGAGGGGGGCGACGGCCGAGCGCACCGCCGGAGGUCCCGCGGCGGCUCUUCGUCCGUCGCCUUCGAAGCGCCUGGUCGAGUGCAUCGCAAGAAUUCCGCGUCCUUUGCGGUCGGCGACGCGGACUCCGUCGAGUCGUGGUGGGAAGCUGAAGAAGAGAGCGGAGAGUCUUGGGUCGACGAAGACGAAGACCUCUUUGACGAGCUCGACCUUGAGGACGAGGAGGGAGAGUUUGAGCUGGACUAUGAAGAAGACUUUCCCUUUCAGGACGAGGACGAGGGCGAGGAGGAGGACGACGAUGGUGAUUUAUUUGCAGCAUUUAGUUUUUAG